UUCACAGCCCCGGUAAGAGGAGAACCAGCUUCGUAGGAACGAAAACCCCGAGUUAAACCAUAGACUGUAUGAGUGAAACCCGAAGUUACUGCGACCUCCGCUCCUGCAUCGCAGCUCCACACAGCUCUUGUCCCCGCCCCUCCCGCUCCACAGCAGGAGCGCUUGUUUUCUAUCCGCGGCGUCGCGCGGCUCCUCGGGGUGGACGUGCAAGUGGUGGGCGUUCCUGCCGUGUUUCGCUCGCGUUCCCCUGUCACCGUGCCGAGAAUCUUUUUUGUUUGUUUUGUUCUUCCCUUCCUUCGCUUUCUCGACCAGCGACUCUCCCGAUGUUUCUGCCGACUCUCGUGGAGGACAUGCAUCACUUCAAGCCCAGUCGCGACCGGCUGUACACCACCAGGUGUUGCGGAUGUUGCCACGUCCGGACGGGGACCAUCAUCCUGGGUACAUGGUACAUGGUAGUCAACCUGUUGAUGGGCAUCCUGCUGACCAUAGCUGUGACCCACCCGGAGAACGUGCCCACCAUCGACUUGCAAUAUGAGGUCAUCGACCAUUACUUUGCCUCCAACAGGAUGUCUGAUCGAACCACCAAACCCUCAGAGAAUGCCUGUGUUGGGUUCGCAAUCUCUCUGCUGAUGCUCACCAUCAGCGCCAUGAUGGUGUAUGGAGCCAUUACUCAUCGUGACGGAUGGCUCAUCCCGUUUUUCUGCUACCAGCUGUUUGACUUCGCUCUGAGCUGCCUGGUGGCCGUCAGCUCUCUCACCUACCUGCCCAGGAUCAAGGACUACCUGGACCAGCUGCCCGAUUUCCCGUACAAGGAUAACCUCCUCUCUCUGGACUCCAGCUGCCUGCUGCUCUUUGUACUCAUCUUCUUCGCCUUCCUCAUCAUCCUCAAGGCGUACCUGAUCAACUGUGUGUGGAACUGCUACAAGUACAUCAACAACAGGAACAUGCCAGAGAUCGCCGUCUACCCUGCGUUUGAGACCCCUCCCCAGUACAUCCUGCCCACUUACGAGAUGGCAAUGAAGAUGCCAGAGAAGGAACCACCUCCCCCUUAUAUGCCCGCUUAAACACCAGCACAAGUUGCCAAAACAAUACACACACACACACACACACACACACUCAAAUAUAUAUAUAUGUAUGCACACGCGCACACACACCCAUCAUAUGCAUUCCUACAUACCUUCACGAACAUUUCUGAGCACCAUUACCCCCUCGUCCCCUCCUCUGACCUGCUGUGAACGCGUGAAGCCACUGAAGACGCUUUGUUCAGCCCCCCGCCAGCCCGCUGUGUUGCCGUAGAGUGUCUAUGGAGGUUGUGAGAGGAGGAGGAUGAAGAUGACUGGAGCGAUUGAGAUCUGUGUGAAAUGAAUGACUGAAUGUGACGAUAGAGAGGAAAAAAAAGGAAUGGAACAACAAGCUGGCCUUUUAAAAAAAUGUCUUAGCAAAAGGGAUACGUGUGAAAAUUCAAGUGCUUGAAAUUCUCUCAUCAAUCCAGCAUCAUUCUACCUAUAGAUUGAUAUAUGAAGUGUAAAAAAAAUAUAUAUUAUGACAAUCCACUUAUUAUAGCUCUUAUUGUUGAAUUGUGUUGCCUUUACCCCCUAAUUGUUAAUAUCAAGACGAUUCCAUCGCAGUCUUGAGUGAAGUCUGUAGCGCUCUUUUGUCCGUUAUUUAUUUAGCUUUGCUGUGGUUCAGUUCACCUCCCCGCCCCGCCCCUGACGUUUUCAUCACCCCUCCGCCCCGAUGUGUGAGCAGAGCUGGUGAAUAGUUUUCCAGACGAGUGUGAAGGAGAGAGGGACAGAAACGACGGCGUUUGGACGUCUCUGCUUCUCUCUCGCCUUUUCUCACCCGGAGCAAACCGCUGGUGUUGUGAACAUUAGUAGUUGCAUGCUUAUCAAACACCUCCCCCAUUACUUUACUGGUAUUAUAUGAUUUAGUCCUAAUGGAAAUACAUUUGACUUCAAUAAACAUUUCAGAACA